GCGGGAGCCGGCGUCGUGCGGCAGCCGGGGAGGGCAGGGCGGCUGCGGGAGAACAAAGAUGCGGGGAGGGGACGCGGGCGAACCCCGUGAGGGCAGCCCGAGGCCCGCCGCCAUCUCCCCGAGCCCCGGGGCGCCUGGCGCGGGGCUCUCCCCUCCUCUGGCUGCCGAGGGGCGAGGGGGGCUCCGGUGCCGUGGGUGCGAGGUGACCCUAACCCCAACGCGGCCCCCUGCCCCGAGCGGAGCCCCGGCCCCAGCAGGGGGCUCGGCCAAGGGCAGUGAGGAGAAGUGGGGGGCACGGGGCGAAGGGCGCGGGAGGCUGGCACGGGACGUGGGGCCGAAGGGGCCUGUGAGGUGUGAGCGGGGGGCACGGGAGGAAAGGGGGGGCAGCGGAGAGGAGGGAGACAAAGGGCUGCAGGGAGGAAGGAGGCAGGUGGGAAGUGAGGGGGAGAAAUGGACAAGAGGGGUUGGAGAGCACCGAAGGUGGCUGGGAAGGUGGGAGAAAGGGGAGCAAAAGCUGUAGGAAUAACAUAUAGGGGACAGGCCAGGGACAGGAGGGGAGGAGAUGGGUGAGAAAGGGCAGGAGGAGAGGCCAACUAACGCUGGGCAAAUGUGGGAGGAGGUGGGAUGCCUGAGCAUGGCGAAGGGGCUCCCUCUGCCAAGCACCUGAGGUGCCGUCGGCUUCCCAAGCACCUGUCUCAAGGCUGACUCCUGAAAUCUUGUGUGCAUUUUGGGGGCUGGCAGCUCCCAGUAAAGCCCCAACACCAGUAGGGGGCAAAAGCAUCCUUUAUGCUCAUCCUUCUUCCCAACUGAAUUUUUAUUGCUUUUUAAACUUAAUGGCUUUUAAGCCAUUCUGAGAUAUUACGGGCUCUGACUCAUGCCUUGAAUACUCGUGAGCAAUACUGGGUGUGGAAGGAAGACGGAGAGGGGCGUAGGCCCUUUGAGAGGUAACCUAUAGCACAUAUGUCCUCUUAAAUCCUAGGUCAACAUUUGGUUAUAUUGCCACUGAUAAACCUUCAUAAUCCCAGAAUCACCAACUUGGUACAGCUUCUUAUAUCCAGUGGCUUUGAUACUGCUUGCAUCUCACCUGCUUCCCAAAGCUAAAUAGUCAUCGUGGGGGGAGAAGUCUCAGCGCGGACAAGGGGCUGGAGAGCGUGAGGAGUCAGGAGGGCUGCAGCAGGGGACGGGCUGGCGAGGAGGCAGCUCUGGCACCCGGCAUCCGGACGGGCUGGUGAGGAAGCCAGCACUGAUGAGCAGAGAGGCUGUAGUGAUGCCAGACCCCGAGGUUCUCUUAGCUGCAGUCAUUGUAAAACCAAGGAGGAAACGGGAAACCACCGGCCUUGCAGGGAUGAGGUUAUUUGCUGGUUGGGAUGGCCCUGGAAAUAGUGAUUUGCGUGUGGAGUUGGUUGCAACCUUAAUUUUGAGGGCUCUGCUUGUUGCGACUGACUGUGCUUUUCUCCUGAUGCAGUUUCCUUUGUCCUGUUUCUCUAAUUAUCCUCAUUUCAACCCUGCUCUGAGGAUUAUUGGUCAGUAGGAAGCCUCCUAAUGCCCGUUCCUCCUUGGCAAGGGAAUACCCAUGCCCUGGAUUAAAGUGAAACUCCCCGAACAGUGACAGAAGAAAUUAGAUCUAUAUUCCUCAGAAACCCUCCCUCAGGCGAAGUUUCCCGACCCCCACCACAUCAGCCCUGCCACCGUGCCCCUUGUGUUCGUUCUCAAUAUUCUCUUUGUUACAGCCACCUUUAUGUACGGCUCAGAGCUCCCGAGGGAAGGGAGAGGUGGUUUGUGCAGGAAAAGCCCCGUGCCCGUUUCCAGAGCGAGCACGCCCACCCGUCCCGCUGCGGCCGCGCUGAGCGUAGAUGGUCUCUGCUCUGAAAUCGGGGGGGCAGAUGGACUGUCGGAGCCCGAGGGCAUCUCUCUGAAACGCGUGGCCGUGGUGGAAGAUUUCUUUGACAUCAUAUACUCCAUGCAUGUGGAGAGCUCGUCGGAGCCGGGCAAAGCACCCAAACAUGCCGGGCAGAAGAAAACCUACCGAGCGAUUGCAGAGACCUAUGCCUUUCUCCCAAGAGAAGCUGUGACCAGGUUCCUGAUGAGCUGCACCGAGUGCCAGAAGAGGAUGCAUUUCAACUCCAACGGACUGGAGCCCAAAGAGAGCGAACCACCUUCCUCUUUGGUUUCUGGGAUCAUUGACUACAACAUGCCUCUCACCUCUACUUAUCUGAAGCAAAUGAAGCUGCGGGUGAUGAAUUCGCAGGAACAGGAUGAGACAUCGGUGAGCAGCGAGGACUUUGAUAUGAACGACUCCACAUGGAUCUCAGCUGACCAGCACCUGAACUCCAGCCUGAGCCCCAGCCAGGACGAGAGCAUGCGCAGCCCGCAGAACCUGCACGGCCAGGAGGACGAUGACUCCUCGUCAGAGAGCUGCAGCGGGAAUGGCUCCUCCACCCUGAACCCCUCCACCUCCAGCAGCACGCAGGGCGACAGCGCCUUCCCCGAAAUGAACGGCAAUGGCACCGCGGCCCCCAUGGACUUCACCGCCUCCGCCGACGACCAGCCCAUCAACCUCUGCGACAAGCUGACGCCUGCCCAUGUCACCCCCUCCUACCAGUCGGACAGCUGCAGCACCGACGGGCUGCGCAGCAGGGUCAAGUACGCGGUGAAGACCACGGCAGAGUCCCCUCCGUACAGCUCCGGCAGCUACGACUCCAUCAAGACCGAAGUCAGCGGCUGCCCCGAGGACCUGACCGUCGGCAGGGCCCCCACGGCCGAUGAAGAUGACGACGACCACGAUGACCACGAGGACAACGAUAAGAUAAAUGACUCGGAAGGGAUGGACCCGGAGAGGCUAAAGGCCUUCAACAUGUUCGUGCGCCUUUUCGUGGACGAGAACCUGGACCGGAUGGUUCCCAUCUCCAAGCAGCCCAAAGAGAAGAUCCAGGCCAUCAUCGAGUCCUGCAGCCGGCAGUUCCCAGAGUUCCAGGAGCGGGCUCGCAAGCGCAUCCGCACGUACCUCAAGUCCUGCCGCCGCAUGAAGAAGAACGGCAUGGAGAUGACCAGGCCCACGCCGCCGCACCUGACCUCAGCCAUGGCCGAGAACAUCCUGGCCGCCGCCUGUGAGAGCGAGACGCGGAAAGCAGCCAAGAGGAUGCGGCUGGAGAUCUACCAGACCUCCCAGGAUGAGCCGAUCGCUCUAGACAAGCAGCACUCCAGAGACUCCACAGCCAUCACCCACUCCUCCUAUUCACUGCCAGCCUCGUCCUACUCCCAAGACCCCGUCUACAUCAAUGGAAGCCUGAACUACAGCUACCGUGGCUACGGGUCCCUGGGAGGCAGCCUGCAGCCACCCGCGCCGCUCCAGACAGGGAACCACAGUAACGGUCCGACUGAUCUCAGCAUGAAAGGGGGAGCCUCCAGCACGGCCCCGUCCAACAGCACCAGCAGGGGAAUGCAGGCUGCCCAGCUCAGCCCCACGGAGAUCAGCGCGGUGCGGCAGCUGAUCGCCGGCUACCGGGAGUCUGCGGCGUUUCUGCUCCGAUCUGCAGAUGAACUGGAAAACCUCAUUUUACAGCAGAACUGACUCCUCGUGUCUGCAUCGCUCCUCUGUCAAGAAGACAAUUUAUACCUGCUAGAAAGAGGCUCCCAGCAGUGUCCUGCUCAGGACCACCAUCGUCCUCCCGUGAAGCAGUGGGUACAUGUAGUUUUAGAAGGUGGAAUCCAAAAGACCUGUUUUCUUUUACACUCCAAGCACCUGGGACUUCAGGCACAAGGACACAUUUUUGAACCGUACCACCACACGUGCGUCCAGCUGACCAGAAGCCAAACCUGCGGCUUGGAAGGAUGUGGGACUUUCAAGGGCAGAAGGGAGCCUGGGGAGGUUUGGGGCUGCAGAUGUAUUUAGAAUAACCUUUGUGGACCCAAAUGUUAGAAUCCCGUCCCCAGAUAAUUUCCAAGUCUUAGGUGAGCUGAAUCACAUAUUUAUUGAGAAAUGGACCCUCCUCUCCCCUUAGUAAUUUAUUUUUCUGAAAAUGGAUUCUUUUGAGUUUGUACAGAUUGCCAGUUUUUUGUCUGUCUGAUCAGAAGGAAUUUAUUCCUGUGAAAUAACACAUUCCAUAUCACUACACUACUAAUUUCCAGGCAGCUAUGCCUGUUUCUCUGGGGAGCCCUUGUCCCACAGGGUGCGAGUUUGCCAUCCAGCCCUCGCGCUUGUAGGUUGCUCAGCCCCCGGUAAGCGCAGGUGGAAGCUGACCAACGGAGGGAGCGUCCUGCUUAGACCUUUGCGCUAAGCAGCCCCGUGUAGCAGCAGCAGUGGGGGCUCAAUCUCCUGCAGAGACUCGGCAAGCUCAGCAGACCGGCUAGAAGGACGUCUCGCGCUCUUUUAAGUCAUUGCAGAUCAGAGAAGGAAGGAAGGAAGCACCUGAGAAACACUGUCUCGCGUUCACCAUCUGUAUUCUACCUCACACUCCAUUGUGGGCUUUUUCCAGGACUCCCGAGCUGGCUCUGUGACUGUAAGCGUGGCAGACAAGCGGACAGGACAGCACGGAGGAGCCCGGGACCAAACCAGCAGCCAAGGACCGACGGCGCCGCGCUCCGUCCCGCCGGGGUGCCGCCGCUGGCCCAGCGUGCGCUGACCACGCUCGCGCCGCGCUCCUCGGCGAGGGAGGCUGUGCUCAAAAGUCUGUGUGAAACCGACACUGGGGGUUGCAACAAGAGAAUAAACUAUUUAGAAA